AUGGCAAGAGGAAAGUCCGACUUCGCUGCUGCCAAGCCCGACAAGUCCUUCUUCCAGGAGAAGGCCAAGGUCGCAGCUCCCACCCAGAUCACUGACAAGCCGUCCACUGGACCCGCGCCUGUGAAGGUAGCCCCGGUCUCAAUGGUCACCGGCUAUGCCAAUGCCGCGAAUUCUGGCCUGGCUCAGACCUCGCACAUCAACACCCUCACGGUGUGGAAGCAAAAUGCGGCUCGCUCACAGGUUGCUCAGCCUACCGUGAGUCACCCCGGUUCCUUCGCCAACGUCGCCGCCGGUCCCGCUCCAGGUUCCAUUCCUGCAUUCUGGAAGGUCCAGGAGCCUAAGAAGAAGUCGAACGCCCGCAAGACUUCGUCAUCGUCAAACUCCGCGAAGUCGUUGGCCUCGAUGAACUCAUCGCAGACUUCGGCGCCCCUGAUUUCGCCCAAGGGGCCAAAGCCCGUCCCCGCCAACAACAAGAAGCCUUCUUGGCCAUUCACGCUCACGAUGGUGGCUCCCAAGGGCGUGCCAGCUCCACGUGAGCCUUCGAAAUCCACUCAGCCGUCCGAUGAUUUCAUGACGGCUGCUGCUCUUCGCGAGAUUGAUGACGCCAAGGUUCUGAAUAGCGCUGCUUUCGGUUGCGCGAAGAAGACUCAGGAGUCGCGUCGCUCUACGACUUCCUCAAGCUCAGUGAGUUCGCCUGAAGCUGCGAAGCCUAUCAAGGCCAUCGAGCAGCCCGAGGCCACCCCUGCUCCUGCUCCGUAUCGCGAGAAGUCGAAGGCUACAACGCCCUCCAAGUCCGUGAAGAAGCCUACUUCACCGACGAAGAAGUCCUCAGCGAACAAUGGGCCUUCGAUCAAGCUUGCGGGUAACGGUGGUGCAGCUCAUCUGUUGGCUCCUAUCUUGCCUGCAUCCUCUUCACAGCCUGCUAAGGCCACUGCCAUUACCAAGAAGUCAUACUCUGAUAUGGUUGCCACCGUUUCAUCUGCUCCGAGCGACAAGGCUGAGAAAGAGGCCAAUGCUCUCGCAGCCCAGCCGAAGACCACGCAGCAGCUCGUUGCGACUGAGAAGAAGUCUCAGCGCAAGAACAAGAAGGGUGUAAAGAGCACGGAUACUGCGGCUACCCUUCCCAUUUCAACCCCGAAGACCGCUGAUUUCCCCAAGAAGACUGACCACAAGAAGGUCGAUGUGAAGGACGCGACUCACACCAAGGUCGACGUCACCAACACAUUGAAGAAUGGCGACAAGUCCACUCCUGUUGCAACACCCGCCGUUGCUUCAAACGUUGGAUCAGUCUCCGUCUCGGCUGAGACCACUCAGCUGGCUAAUGAUGUCUCCACUCCCACCUUGGAUGACGCCGUUCUGGAUGAUUUUGCACAAGAUGCGGCUGCGCAGUCUGACGCGCAAGACGCCUCUGCGACCCUCAAGAAGGCUCGCAAGAACAAGAAGUCUGGCGCCCAGCGCAAGAAGGAGAAGAAGGUCCGCACUCCUGAGGAAGCCGCCUCUAUUGCCGCGGCCAAGGCCGCUGCAGCUCGCGUACAGAAGAUUCCGCAGCAGAUCGCCAUCAUCAAGGGCCUUGCUGAGAGCGAUGCGGCUGACCGGGAACUACCGAUGGACGUCUACGAUCUCCAAGACAUUGCAGACCGGGACGAAGAGGAUGUAAUGGCGUUAAACAAGCAGCGUGCUGAGGAGUCGCUGCGAAAGUCACUUCAUGCGAACGCGGCAAAGCCUGACGGCGAGCGUGUGAUGAUCAAGAACCUCCCAUCGUACAUGUGGUACUUUGACGCCUGCGCGCAGCCCAUCCUUCAAGGCCGUGCUGCGAAGAUCCUGAAGGUCAUGAACGCAACUUCUCUAAAGGCCACUGCCAAGCAGAUGCAGAUGGCCAAGGAGAAGGAUAUGAAGAUGAAGUUGGCCAUUGCAGACGACCAGGUGCCCAAGACCUGGAAUUCUAUCCUGCCCGAGAACGGCUUCAACUUCGGCACCUCUUCGCUUUCUGGUCAUUCGAUUGUCUCCGUCCUGUCUCCAGUAGCUGCGAGCUACGAUUUCGGCAACGCUACAGACACCCCCAUCGUGUUUGGUGCGUCCACCGCCUUGCCUGAGAUCGAGAAGCUGGAACCCACCAAGCUGGAGACUAUCGAGCUUGAGGUCACUGAGUCGGAGAGCAUUGAUCUAGAGAGCACUGAGUUGGACGUCAGCAAGUCCACCGCUUCCAUCGUCCAAGUCAUCGAAACCUCAGAGUCUGAUGACACCACGACCGACACCGACACCUCCCUGGCUUCUGAAGAAGAGUCGUCACCCAUCGACGACGAGUCCAAGCCCGUCGCAAUUCAGGAUAAGAUUUUCGAGCCCCUUGCCGCCACCACUGAGAACCUGGGCUCUUUCAAGACUGGCACUGCGUUGGUCCUAGCUGUGGCCGACGAGGAGUCGUACGCCGAGUCCAAGAUCAAUGAGCCUUACAUGGCAGUGGCGAUCUACCACGGCUUUGGUCUCCCAGUGGUUGCUUCUGCACCACCGGCUUCUCCUGAUAAGAUUGCUCUGGAGAUGCCCCAGAUCGCCCUCACCACCGAAGAUCUGAAGGCCUUUGCCCCAGCCCUUCCGCGUCCUGUCUUCGGACCCUUUUUCGCUCGCAAGACCGUUAUGGACAUCCCUCUUCAAGACUCCGCGAUUCGACUUGUAGCCUACAUUGGCACCCUUCGACACGUUCCGGAUGGUCUCCCUGCAAAUUUCCAUCGCUCCGCCACUCCCGCUCACGAGCCCGCUCAGCUCGAGCGUACCGUGACGGUUUACACCGCACCGCAGGCCGUCCCCAUUGUUCGCCGCCCCGACAAUCCCCACCGCAUCAUCAACACGCAAAUCGGCAUCGUGAUGCUCGGCGAGUUCCUGCGCCAACUCCACAGCCCCGUCGCACCCACCUACACCAUCAUGGAGCUCGUUGAGGCAUUCCUGGCGAUGUCGAACUUCGAGCGUGUCUUUCUCGAUGUUGGCGCGGCGCAUCCGUACUCGGCGAUUCAGGUGCGCAACUACAAGCAUUUGCAGAGCCGUGUCAUGAUCGGCAGCAUUAAGUUGUGCGACUUCCUGGCGGCGAUGAAGCUGAACGAUGAUGGUGACGUGACGCUACGAGCGCUGGUGAAUGGAUGGGAGGCUUGUGCCGUCGAGGAUGUGAAGGCGGAGGACUUGCACAUGCAGGUCAAGGAGGCCAUUGAGGAGGCCAAUGAGGAGGAGUUGUGA